AUGCCUGCAAAUCCAUCAGGUGUCAAAGGAAUUUCAACCCUCUUCGCUUUCACUCCUCGCCAAGUGUUGUUAAGCAACCGAACCAUGAAGCACGACGCAGACAACGGAACCGUGAAAUCGGAACAGAAGGUGAAGCUUUUUCUUCAUCAAUCUAUUGCUCUUUACUUGGAGCAUUCUGGAUUCUCCAAAACCCUGAAAAAGUUUCGCUCUGAAGGGAAAAUCGAGAAAGGUAAUACAGAGGGUUCAACAGUUGAUCUAGAAGAAUUGUGCCGCAAACAUUUAGAAACAAGUAGCAAGGAUGCUAAGUCAGCUAUCGAUGAUCAAAAGAUGCAAGUUGCAGGUCUGCACUCCAAAAAUGAAGUGGAAAAGUCCAAGGGAAAAAAGAAAAAGAAAAGCGGCUUAGUUUCUGAAUCUGUUCUUAAUAACGUUGAAGAUAACCAACUGGAGUCACCGACUGUGGUUACAGAAGAUAAAGUUAAGGAUGAUUUAUCCACAGAUGCCAAAGUUGAUAAUGGUGCUGAGACAGAGAAGCAGUCCAAACAUAAAUCGAAAAAGAACAAAAAGUCCAAUGUUGAAGGGGAUGCGAAAGAGCAGAUUGCAGUUACAGAUAAUAAAGAGAAGGAAGAUUUAUCCAUAGAUGCCAAAGCUGAAAAUGGUACUGAGACAGAGAAGAAGUCCAAGCAUAAAAAAAAGAAGAAAGAUAAGUCAAAAAGUGAUGGGGAUGCAAAAGAGCAGAUUGGAGAUCCUGAUGCAGCUGUUUCAGAAAAAGAGAAUUUCAAAGCAUCCAAUGAAGAAGCAACGCCUGAGAAGAAAGAUUCUAAGAAAAGGAAAAGAUCAAGUUCUAAAGAAAAUGGUGAUCAAGAUACCGAAAUAAAGGAAGAUGAAGAAACCAAACGCAGAAAAAUAGAAGAUUUGAAAGAAUCUCAGGGUGGAGAUCAAUCAGCCAAAACUGAUGGGCACUAUGAGAAUGGGGCAGAAAAAUCUUCUGAGCAAAAGUCUCAGAAGAAAAAGAACAAGGAGUCAGUUGAGAAAAAACCAGCGAAGGCGCCAUUUCAGCGAGUACAAGUUGAUAAGAUAGAGUUUGUUGAUGAGAGGCUUCAGGAUAACUCUUAUUGGGCAAAGGGUGGUGCUGAGAGUGGAUAUGGUGCAAAAGCAGAAGAAAUUCUUGGCCAAGUCAGAGGAAGGGAUUUUCGUCAUGAGAAGACGAAGAAGAAACGUGGGACCUAUAGAGGAGGAGUUAUUGAUUUAAACUCCCACUCAGUUAAGUUUAAUUAUUCAGAUGAGGAGUGA